GACAGGUAGGCGUUGGUGUUAUAAGGUGAGAGCUGCCUUUUUGAAUGCAUUCAGUCGUUCUGACUGCUGCAGCUUUUUUCGCAGCUCACGUUUGAUUUAACUGCCCCCGUUUUAAGUACACAUCUUGCCCAUCGCAGUCAUGAUUCGGAACUUUAAAACAAAAUCGAGGACGUUUCAGGAGAUAAAGGAGGAGUGCUUGCAGCGCAAAAUUAUUUUUGAAGAUCCCGACUUCCCAGCAAGUCUGUCCUCACUGCAUAUUAAAGUCCAGCCGACGGUCAUCACACAGUCUAGCAAUUUCAUUGAGUGGAAGAGACCUUGGGAACUCGUUCGUCACCCAGAAUUCAUUGUGUCUGGAGCCACCAGAGCUGACAUUAACCAAGGCAUUCUACCUGACUGUUGGCUCCUCUCCGCCAUCGCAUCGCUCACCCUCUACCCACAUCUGCUGGCCAAGGUGGUGCCCAUGAAGCAGAGCUUCCACGAGGACUACGCUGGCAUUUUCCUCUUCCGUUUCUGCCAGUACGGCGAGUGGGUGGACGUGCACGUGGACGACCGCCUGCCCACCCAGAACGGGCAACUCGUGUUCGUGCAGUCGGGCACCGGCAACGAGUUCUGGAGCGCCCUGCUGGAGAAAGCCUACGCCAAGUUGAACGGCUGCUAUGAGGCGCUGGCGUACGGAUUCCCCGUCGAGGCCCUCUGUGACUUCACUGGAGGUGUGGGCGAGACGUUCACGAUGGACCGGGCCCCCCACGACUAUUGGGACGGCAUUUCCCGUGCCAUCAAAAAGGGCGCCAUCAUCUGCUGCGGAAUCAAGGGCCGUGGAGAGAAGGAGACGGCAGUGGGUUUGGUGGAGGGACACGCCUACUCAAUAACAGGCGUGGUAAAGCUCAAAUUCCCGGAGAAGACAGUUCAGUUGAUACGAGUUCGGAACCCCUAUGGCAAGGUGGAGUACACGGGGCCGUGGAGUGACGGAUCCACGACGUGGAACGAGGUGUCGGAGGAAGAACGGAAACAUCUGCACGUGAGAGCGGAGGAUGGAGAGUUUUGGAUUUCAGACAAGGACUUCAGGAAGAACUUCCACCUGGUGGAGAUCUGUCACCAUGGCUCGGAGGUGGAGAUCGAGCACAGGAAGAAGAACGUGUGGAUCAGCGAGUCGCACAACUCCAUGUGGCUCAAGGGCCUCAACGCUGGCGGCAGUCGCCGGAACCGCGAAUUUCCACUGAACUACCAGUUCUUCCUCACGCUGUUGGAGGAGGAUAACGUCAUGGACGUCUGCCAUGGCUGCCACUUCCUCCUGUCGCUCACGCAGAAACACCGCAGGAAGUUACGCAAAAUUGGAAUCGACUUCGUCCCCAUCGGCAUUUAUAUUUACAAGGCGGUGGUGCCCGGCAAGAAGCUGACCCCACAGCAGUUGCGCAAGGAGAAGCCCUUGGUCGACAUCCCAGAGUUCAUCGCGCGCAGGGAGGUGACCAUGCGGGCGACUCUCCCGCCUGGCAACUACAUCAUCAUUCCCUGCACCGAAUCGGCGGGCCAGGAGUCGCAGUUCCUGCUGCGCAUCUUCAUGGAGAAGGUUCAGCCGCACCAGGAACCUAAACCACUCACCGUGCCAAAGGUCAACCCUCCUGCCGCAGAUAACUUUGAUAUGGAGGAGUGCUUCCUACAGCUGGCUGGCAAGGAACAACUCGUCAAGGCAGACAAACUUCAGGAGCUCCUCAAUCUUGAAAUUCAGAAAUGCAUCACAGACACGACGGCGGUGGUCAAGUUCUCCAUGGAGAGCUGCCGCGUCUUGGUCUCGCUGUUCGACAUUGACAACUCUGGACAGCUGGGAUAUGAAGAAUUUAUUCACGUCUGGGAAUUCAUCAAAAUGAGUCUGAAGGCCUACAAGAUGUGCGAUGUUGACAAGUCGGGUACCCUCAGCAGUACGGAACUUCCCAUGGCUUUGGAGCAUGCAAGAUUCAAGGUGGGCAAGCUGAUGCAACGACUGAUCAUGAUGCGCUUCUCCGAGCCAAACCUCACCAUAAGCUUCGACUGUUUCGUCUGCUGCCUUGCCAAGAUGUACGCUGCCUUCAACAUCUUUAACUCGCUUGAUGCAGCUGGAACGGGAACCAUAACCCUGAACCUCCAUGAGUGGAUGAAGUUCAUGAUCUACAGCUAAAUCGACAGGAGAAACAACAUAACCAUGCUUGCAGCUUUUGCUUAUGUAUCAUGACGGGUGGCCUGCUUCAUGAAAAUCAAAUGCUCGUGAAUACGUUUAUAGUUAAUUGCAGGCACUGUACACUGUGGCUUCCACUCUAAACAUAUGAGCUGACUGUGAACCUCAGAAGCACUGCUGGACUUCUAAAUUCAGCUGAACAAUUAUCAGGAACCACCUAAGGUCCUCGAUUCCAUUAUCUGGGGUGCUUCCAAAACCACUUUAUGUUUGACCGCCAUUUUAUAACUUUCAAGGUAUAUUGUACCUUGUUUUUGACUAACUUGUCUUCCCACAAAUGUAUGUGUUCAAGGCAGUGUGCACAAUACAGCUUUGAUGUGUACCCUUGAACUAGGAAGACCUCCACAGUAUAAGUUUUCAGGAAAAAAUUUCACUUUUUAAUAAACCAAGACACUAACUUGAUACGAACAAGAUGCUGUGCAUAUGCAAAUAUUUCUGUUCAUAUUCAUUCACAAUACGCAUGCCGAGUAAAUAAUAAUUAACCAUACUUGAAAACAAACAUAGUAAACUUGGAAAUGUGAUGCAAUACAACACAGAGUCGGCCAAAAAAACAGUCAACACCCCACCUGUUUUCAAGUUUACUAUGUUUGUUUUCUCAUUCAUUCGUACCUGAUGAUGGUUGCUUAUUUUGCAAUCGAAACGUCGUAUUCUAUUAUUAUUUAAUUGAAUUUCUUUCUACGCGACUUUACCGAAAGAACCAAAGAGUACUUCCUGCAGUCACGAAAGCUUCGAAUAAUAAUUGACCGGUUUACAAACUGCAAUAAAAUUUAACUUGAUUACUCACCUUUUCAAAUUUUGUAUUUGCUAAUACAGGGGACCCCUUCCCCGCUUUCAAGACCUUUCCUGUGGUUACGAAGACCCCCACAGUAACGCCCAAAGCUCGUAUCGACGACCACCGAACGACUGCUUCCGACGCAGUGAAUUGGCGACGAAUCCGCGCAUGCCAUGCUCACACUCGUCGCCAGACUCCCCUGCUUUGCUCUUCCGCCGUAUGUGAUGUAGAAGAACCCGAGUCUUCAUAGCUGUCAACCCAUACGGGUUACCCGUGUUCUUGUGCAGGGAAAUCGAGUUCAGGACCAUACGGCGUACAGCCGUUUCAGUACGCGCAAAAACAAACUGUCUGUAUUUCUCGCUUGUGAUGCGACUUUGUAGGAUGAACGUUGAGAUGUAUAAGGGCACGGGGUGACCAAUGUCUGAAUUGGUCUGCGCCGAGAGCGAACAGCAGCAUCUCUCUCAACGCUCUUCGCUUUUGUCAAUUUUCUGCAAAAAUUCGCCUUUCGCGACGUCUGAGAAUAGAAAAUGUGAUGCACAUGCCUCAAAGUACUUAACGAUGUUUAAAUGUUUGUUUUUACUUCAUGUUGGGAAAUGUUAUAUUGAGCUACCAUGUUUCUUCGGGUUAUUUUCAUUUAUUUUCGUGGUCAAUUUUGGUAUUUUUAUGGAAUGUAAUGGGUUUCCCGGAACGGAACCACAAUGUAUAACGCUGCUGCGCCUAUGGGAAAUGAGGGUUCCAAUUACGACGGCUCCACUUGCGAGUGUCGUCCAGGAACCAAUUAGGUCGUAAGUGCGUGGCUCACCUGCAUACUCGCACCAUAUUUUUUAUAAUUUCACUAAUUGUAACACUUCCAGAGGUCGUCUACUCACCAUUGCAUGUUCAAGGAAGAACCCGUCUCUUCAUCAGACCUCCUCCUGGUCGUUUUCCUCAUCAGCCGAAGUCACACCACUGCCAGAUGAAGGCCUCCCAACCCGUUUCCAUCUCUCACGAUUCCGCGAUGCAAUAAUCCACCUAACACUUCCAAACGAGCUUUCCUCGCUCCAUCUCUUCAAUGAAUGUCCUCUCAGAAGCCUCCCGUUCAUUGGAUGUCACUCCCCUUCACUAUUCUUGACCAUCUUCCAUCAUCCGUUUUUUGUUCAUUAAAAUCCACACACCUUUCAUGAAAUAAAGGAUCUUC